AAAGAUUUCAUCGGUAAAGAUGCUCUACUGAAGCAGAACGAAAAAGGUAUAUCGAAGAAGUUCGUGCAAGUACUCGUCGAUAAACACGAACUUGAUACUGAUCCUUGGCCUCAAGGUGGUGAACUUCUCUACCGAAACGGUGAACCCAUUGGACGUACCACUUCGGCUGCGUACGGAUUCACUCUCGGAUGUCAAGUAUGUUCAUUCGAAUGA